AUGGCAGCCACUUCCAAAAUUAUUCCUUCCGUUCAAAGUAUCAAAGCAGAGCUUAGCAAAGUGAGCACUGGUUACGGGUUGAUGUCUUUGACAUGGAGACCAACACCAGCCCCACAGGAAAAGGCUUUCGCAGCGAUGAAGAAAGUUGUCGAGUACGCCACUGCCAGUAAGUGUAAGGCUUUCUUCAACGUCGGUGAGUUUUAUGGGCCUGACAGAAUGAACUUGACAUACGUGAGGGAUUUCUUCAAGCAGAACCCAACUCUUAGAGAGCACGUUAUUAUCAGUUGCAAAGGUGCGCUAGAUGUUCACACGUUCCUUUCAAAGGGUAAGUACCAGGACGUUCUUGACAGUGUCUCCAACUCUGUCGAGGCAAUUGGUGGUUACAUUGACAUCUUUGAAGUUGCUAGAUUGGACAAUGGAAUUGUCCCUGCUGGCGAGGUCUAUCCGAAGGAGUCCUUUGAAGCAUUGGCUAAAAUGGUCGACGAGGGUAAAAUUGGGGGUAUCUCGCUGAGCGAGGUGAACGAAGGACACAUCAGAGCAAUUGCCAAAGAUUUUGGACCUUAUUUGACUUGUGUGGAGGUGGAACUAUCUUUGUUCUCUACGCACAUCCUAAAGGACGGCGUUGCCAAGGCCUGUAGCGACUUGGAACUGAUCAUCAUCUGCUACUCUCCAUUGGGGAGAGGUCUGCUUUCCGGGGAGAUCAAAUCCAAUGAUGACAUCCCUGUGGGAGACAUCAGAAAGACGAUGAAGAGAUUCAAUGGGGAAUGGUUACAACAGAACUUGAAGCUGACCGAGUUCUUACGGGAUGAGAUUAUCAACAAACGUCCUCAGGAGUCAAGAAUCUCGCUUCCACAAGUAGCUUUGGGCUGGAUCAAGAAAUGGAACCAUAACCCAGAGUUCCCUGGAACCCGGUUCAUCCCAAUCCCAUCUGGUUCUGGCGUCUCCAGAGUUGAAGAGAAUUUCGAUGAGGCUAAAGUCCAAAUUUCAGAAGCGGAAUUCGAAAUGAUUAACAAGUACUUGAAGGAAUUUGUCACCUCGGGAGACAGAUACGAGCAAGCUUAA